UAUUAAAUACUUGGAAAUACAAUUACAUAAUUCAAAAAUUUUCCAUCUCAGAUAACCUUAAAAUGAAUUAGGAAUAAACCUACUUAUAGCUACUUCUUGGUUUCUAUUUUAAGUCAGAGAUAGUAAAUAACUUCUACGUGCCAAUUACAUAGAAGAUUUGAUUGUAGUGUAAGUAAAAUUAACUAUUUAAAAGAACACAGUCAAGGUUAAUGCGCGUAUGCGUACACGAGGAUUAGAGGAGAGUUGUUUAUUAUUUCAAUUGUUACCUUAAUUGUUUUAUAUUCUACUAAAGAAUUUUUUAAUAAUACAUAAUCAUGUUAUUGAGGUAACUAGAAAUAAUUGUUGCCAUAUGGUCAUUAAAGAAUAAAAUCAAGUUGAAAACCCAUUGAAUUGAUUAAUCUGAAUAAGAUGACAUCUUUUGUAACAAUCCCCACAAAAAGAGCUUCUCAGAUCAGAAAUGUACGACAAGGUAGUAUUAUUGAUUUAGAUAUUGACAUGUUUCUCAAGAUAUCAAAUUAUGAAGAUACAGUCAGACAACUUGAUAUCUAUUAUGGAAUUGUUAAAAGACAAUUGUUACGUUAUCAAAGUUGUAUAACAGGUCUUUUCCCACAAGUUUCAAAUGAUAAAGUAGUUGGAAGUGUGAGAGAAAGUAUUUACUGUGCGGCCGCUGUAUGGAGUUUGUACCAAGCAUAUAGACGUAUAGAUGAUGAUCGUGGAAAAUCUUAUGAACUUGGACAAUCAGCUGUAAAAUGUAUGCGUGGGAUUUUAGAAUGUUGGGUGAAACAAUCACCUAGAAUAGAGUUAUUUAAACGUAAUCAGUGUAAUCGCUUUGCAUUGCAUUGUAAAUUUCAUUUAGAUACUGGUGAUGAAAUUUUUAAAGAUGCCGAUUACAAUCAUUUGCAAAUUGAUAUUGUUUCACUAUAUUUGAUAUUUUUAGUACAAAUGAUUUCUUCAGGAUUGCAAAUUAUAUAUACUCAAGAUGAAGUAGCAUUUAUACAAAAUCUUGUAUAUUAUGUGGAAAGAGCAUAUCGUACACCAGAUUAUGGCAUGUGGGAACGUGGUAGUAGAUAUAAUGAUGGUACACCUGAAAUACAUGCAAGUUCAAUUGGUAUAGCCAAAAGUGCUCUUGAAGCUAUUAAUGGAUGCAAUUUAUUUGGAGAAAAAGGAGCUUCUUGGUCAGUUAUAUAUGUUGAUAUUGAUGCACAUAAUCGAAAUCGUAGUAUUUUUGAAACAAUGCUUCCAAGAGAGUCAAGUUCUAAGAGUGUAGACACAGCUUUACUACCAACAAUAUCUUUUCCUGCAUUUGCCACUCACGAAGAAGUGUUGUAUAAUGAAACAAAGGCAAAUAUAAUUCGAAGAUUAAAAGGCAAUUACGGAUUUAAGAGGUUUGGCAGAGAUGGAUACAAAACCGUUAUAGAAAGCAAAGAUCGACGAUAUUACAAAUCUGGUGAAAUCAAGGAAUUUGAUAAUAUAGAAUGUGAAUGGCCAUUAUUUUACAUAUUUAUGAUCAUUGACGGCGUUUUUAAGACUUUGCCAGAACAAGUGGAAGAAUAUCAAAAAUUAUUAAAAGAACGAAUGUACAAAGAUAUUAAUGGAGAUCCUGUAAUACCUAUGUAUUACUAUGUACCUGAGGAUAGGUUAGAACUAGAAAGAAAUGAUCCUGGUAGUACAUAUCGAGUACCAAGUGCUGAAGGAAGAGGACAGAAAAGUUCUACAGAUACAGAACCUGGACCCAUGUAUUUAUGGAAUCAAGCUAUGUUUAUAAUUGCUCAACUACUCACUGCUGGUUUAUUACAUAUUAAUGAAUUAGAUCCAAUUAGACGUUAUCUUCCUUCAUACAACAGACCACGAAAAGCUGGAAGAUAUUCAGCUUUUCAAGGAACUCAUACUGAUCUUGUAGUACAAAUCGUUCUUAUUGCUGAAUCUAUGCGAUUACAAGCUAUGAUGGCAACAUACGGUAUACAAACACAAACACCACACGAAGUGGAACCAGUACAAAUAUUAUCAUCUACACAAUUAGUAAAAGUUUAUGAAAAAUUGGGAGUGAAUAAUAAACUAAAUCUGCAAGGCCGACCAGCAAGACCAAUUGGGUCUUUGGGUACAAGUAAGGUUUAUAGAGUAUGUGGUAUGACAGUACUUUGUUAUCCUCUAAUAUUUGAGGUGUCAGAUUUUUACUUGUAUAGAGAUAUGGCUCUAUUAAUCGAUGACAUAAAAACUGAACUUCAGUUUGUGGGCAAAUAUUGGCGACUUUCAGGUCGACCUACUAUAUGUCUUUUGAUACGAGAAGAACAUAUGAGGGAUCCACAAUUUAAGGAAAUGCUUGAUCUUUUUGCUAUGUUAAAAAAAGGGUAUUGUAACAAAACAAAAGUUCGAAUUGGUCGGUUACAGAAUCUCAUUUCAUCUUCAUGCAUUGAACAUUUGGACUUUAUAAAUACUGUAGAGACAGAUCUUGAACUUACCCAAUUUAAGCAAUUAAAACAUGAUUAUAUUGGAUAUCAAAGUUUAACUGAUGUACCUAAAGCUUUAACUUAUUCUGAAAAUAUAAAAGAUUAUUCUUAUUAUAUGAAUGAACCACUAUAUAAUAUCUUAAAUGAAAUUCGUAACAAUAAAAGCUUAUAUACUUUGUGUCAACUUUAUGGUAUUUUAUUGAAACGAGAAGGAAUUAACUAUGAAAUUAAUGGAAUGACAGUUGGAGAUCAAUUAAGAUCAUUGUAUCAACAGGCAGGGUGUCUUAGAUAUUGGAUGGUUGUUCGUUACUGUAGCAGUUUAUUGAAUCAUACCGUUGAUAGUAUAAGUCCUUUUAUAACAGGAGUUCUUGUUAAAGGAAAACAGAUAACAGUUGGAGUAAUUGGACAAGAAGAAACUGUAUUUGAUAAACCAAUGACACCUGUAGAAAUCCAGUCAGUUAUGUAUUCAACAAUUCAACCACAUAAUGUAGUUCAAGCAGUACUUCAACAAGAAGUAUUAUUGUACUGCGGUCGACUUAUUGGAACAAAUCCAGAAAUGUUUAAAGGAAUACUGAAAAUUCGUAUUGGAUGGGUCUUAGAAGCAAUAAAACUUUACCUACAAAUGUUUGUUAAAAAUCCUAAACCAAUUGAGAACUAUAGUCCAUUUGAGAUUCGUCAAUUCCUUAUAAAAGUAUUGACGGUUAAAGAUUGGGCCAACAAUGAAAAGAUUACAGUUUUAGGACGUAGAAAAAUCGAAGGUUGUUUAUGUAGAGUACCUGCACAUUUUUAUAAUCAUGUUUGGGAAGUAUUAAUGCGUUGUCCGGAUGGUAUUUGUGUUAAUGGACGAGAAUUGCCUCAACAACCUACGCUGUCUAAUAUGACUCGUUCCGAACUCACGUUUGCUUUGUUCGUGGAAUCUUUACUUCACCAUAUACAAUUGCCAGAAUAUCGCCAAAUUAUUGUAGAGUUACUCACUAUAGUGUCAACAAUUUUACUUCGAAAUCCAGAAUUAAGUUUUCAGAAACAAUUAAAUCUUAACAAACUCGUCGAAGAUAGUUUCCUCAUGUAUUGUAAGGAUAAUAACGUGGAAAAAACUGUUGAUCAAUCGUUGUUUUUCUCUGCUCACUAUUCAAUAACUACAGGAUAUCUUGCUAGAGCUGUAGUAAAUAAUAUGCUUACUGGAGGAUGUUUCGCAACUAUUAAUGACAUCAACGACGCAAUUGAAACUAGAGAAACUUGUAAAAUUACAUAAUGGAAAAAGUAAUUCUUCAGUGCAAUUGAAUAUUGUUUGUAAAUACAUUAUAUAUAAUCAGAAGUAUAUUUAUAUAAAAAUAUGGUAUUUUCUUAAUGUGUGUAUAUAUAUUCCCUUAGUCAAGAGAAUUUGCUUUAUAUAAAUAAAAUACUGAAAAUUAUAAAAGAUAGUAAUUCUGUCGAAAAAUCUGUAUUCAUAUAUCAAUAAAAUACAUAAUUAUAUGUUACACAGUA